AUGCCAAUCUCGAAGAAAACAUCCAUCUCCGCAUCUAAGCCUCUUGCCUCUGCGCAUACUCCAAUGUCUCAACGGGCUUCUCCUGUCAGCGGAGACAAGACAAACGGUCGUAUGCACAAAAGAUCUCGAUCUGGCUGUUAUACAUGCCGUCUUCGCCGAAAGAAGUGUGAUGAGAACCAUCCUACUUGUGGCGCUUGUGCCAACCUACAAGUUCAAUGCAAUUAUAAACGUCCAGACUGGUGGACAGAUGCAGCUUUGAGACGAGGACGUAAGGAGCACAUCAAGAACACGAUCAAGCAGACAAAGAUGCGCGAGCGCAAUGGAAAUCAUCCUAACCACCUCAAUCGUCAUCGCAACAUGUCUGGAGCAAUGCCAACCUCCCCUGUGAAUGAAUACGGUGGUCCUAUGUGCAAUGAGCCAUAUGAUAUGUUCACAUCUCAACUACCUACUCCGGGUCUCGGUAAUGCCCCAUAUGGGCCUUAUGCGCCUUCUUACGAGGUCGAUGUACGGACUGAGCGACAGACUUUUGUCAACGAUGUUCCCAUGCGUCAUGAUUCUUCGACUUCCACUUUCAGUGCUUUUGCACCACCUCAACUAAGCGCUCCAAUGCCAACAUUCGCCGGCGAUGAAUGGUUUGGAGAUGAGUACUUUGCACAAGCUGGGGGUUACAAUGGAUUCAACCAAGAUGUUGCUGUGGAUCCUACGAUGGAUAAGACAAACUCAUUGUUGCAGAGCAACAUUGCUGUGAGUGAACAUGAUCGACCACUCCUUGACCACUUUAUCCACAAUGUUCUUCGCCAAAUUUUCCCGGUUUUGGAGGCACAUGGAAAGGGCAAUUUACGCGCAAAGGCAAUUCUCCGUGCUUUGGAGACAAACAAGUGCUACCUUCAUUGCUGUUUGAGUGUGGCUUCGAUUCAUCUCAAGACUACCGAGGGGCUGGAGGGUGAGCAAAUUGACCAUGAUAUCAUGCGACACCGAUAUGAGGCCAUUUCCCAGCUUUGCCAAGCUUUGGGGGAAGACAUCAACCACGAGGAGAUCCUUGAUGCGACACUCGCAAUGAUUUUCUUCCAUUGCUCCGUUGGCCCUGCGGAUGACUACUUGCCUGAUAUCCCCUGGUUUGAUCAUUUCCAGGCUGCAUCCAAUCUUGUCACAAGACUUGACCUCCCAACUGCCUUGAUUCAAGACUCAUACGGAGCAUUGGCAACUCCAUUCAGCAUGAGCUUGACAUCAUGGAUCGAUAUCCUUGGAGCAACAAUGGUGGGCAAGACACCGCAAUUCGCACACCAGUAUCGAUCAAAAUACCUUAGUCAAACAAUGUCUGGCUUGCGCGAGUUGAUGGGAUGCGACGAUAAGGUCAUGUACCUCAUCUCUGAAAUAACCUGCCUGGAUUCUCUGAAGUCCGAGGGUCGAAUCGACGGAAUGGCUGUCUGCUGUCAUGUGCAGCUACUUGGCCAACAGCUCAAGUCCACCGAGCCCGCGGAUCCCACGCUAGAGAGCCCCUACCACCCUGUCACUGGAGCCAUCCAGCCAGAGAUUCUUACCAAAACUAUCUCCCACAUCUUCCGACUCGCAGCCCGCAUUUACCUUUGCAGCCUUGUUCCCGGCUUUGAUCGUAGCCAAGAAAGCAACGAGAGCUUGAUCGCAGCAGUGACGAAUGCACUUCAAUUCAUCCCUGCAGGUCCAUAUGGUUAUGACCGCUCUCUGGUCUGGCCACUUCUCAUGACCGGUGUUUUUUCCGGUCCAUCAAGCCCCUUUCGCGCUGUUCUCGCUAACCGCACUGCGGCACUGGGUGAUUAUGGCGACCUUGGUAGCUUCGGUCGCAUGUACCGUCUCCUCCAGGAGGUGUGGCGAAUGACCGACGACCCAAUCAGCUCUUCUCAGGUUUCGCCUGGAGAUAAGUCUCACAACUCAUCUCUUACCAGCCCAAUCUCUAAGCUGGAAGGCUCCGAGUCACCCUCUGGCGCUGGCGCCACGAUGGGUGGACGGGAGAUCAAGAGGCAACAAGCACAUUGGCGAGACAUCAUGAAGAGAAACAACUGGAACUACCUCCUCAUCUAA